CGUGCGGAUCAGGAAUUUUAUUUGGAGAUCUAGAAAAAUAGCAUAUCCUGGUAUUGUCCUUUACUGGAGUUGGGAUUAUUUACAGGUGAAGUAUGGGGCUUCACAAAUCAAGUAGUGAGACAUCAUGGACUAGUAAUUAGAGAUCUGUAGUCCAACCCUUGCGCAAAAUAAGGAAGACUAAGAUUUUAUAGAGCUUGAGGCAUGACCAAACCUUGUUGUAUUGGAUCACAGGGCUGUAGGAUUAUAUAAUCCACUCCUCCGCUGCUUCCCCUGUUCUCAGAACGAAGCUCUCAGCUUUGUCUAACAUGGCCAGGCCUCAGAAGCGGUUUCGCGGCGUCCGGCAGAGGCACUGGGGCUCCUGGGUCUCUGAAAUCCGUCAUCCUCUCCUGAAGACGAGGAUAUGGCUGGGCACAUUCGAAACGGCUUACGAUGCCGCCAGAGCCUACGACGAAGCAGCAAGACUCAUGUGCGGGGCGAUGGCGAAGACCAACUUCUCUCAUGGCCCGAACGGCUCCUCGCCGGUCAAGUGCAAGUACCUGUCAGCAACCCUCCACGCCAGGCUGCAUCGCUUCAACUUACAGUCUGUCCAAGCAGCGCAGCCUACCGACUCCGGUAUGCCGCUGCGGAAGCCCUCUUCCCCGUCGGUCUCCGUUGCAAUCAGCAGAUCGCCAUCGGAGGUGAACCCGGCGUUGGUGGGGGAGAACGUGGAGGUUAGUUGCCUAGAGGAGUGUCACGUAGAACAGAUGAUUGAGGAGCUGCUGGAUUCCAACCUUUCCAUGGAACUCUGCUUCACGGCUCUGUAGUCACUGCUGUUAUUUUACUAUCCAGAGAGUGAACCAAAGAUUCUAUUGUUUCCAGCAUUGGAUUCAUGGAUCUAAAAUGUAUAUGUUCCAUAUAUAUUCGAAU